CAAGCGUUACAUUAGCUUUUAGAUAUUUUUGAUGUCCUAUAUGAAAUUUGAAUUUUGAUUAAAAGAAUGGAAGAUAAUCUACCAAAUGAAAUGUCACAAUUAAAUUGUUUAAUAGAGAAACACAAGCAGUUACAAGAGAGAUCAGCAUUUAAAUCGUUUUAUGAGUCUGAAGAAAUAGAUGAUAAAUUAAACAUUAUCGGAAAUAUAAGCAGUUAUAAUGAUGCAAAAGCUUACAAUCAUCAAGAAAAUAUGAAUGCUUGCACAAUGAGUAAAGUCUUUGUUAACCCAAAUUAUAUGAGUAAAAAGAACGUCAUUCAUAUAAAUCCUCGUGUUCAAGUAAAACCUUCAAUUUAUAUCAAUCCAAAAUUAAUACAAAAUAUUACAAGUAAUCAAAAUCAAGAACAAUCUUCGGGAAUUAUUGCACAGAAUGAUCAAUAUUUAAUAAGUACAAAUAUCCAUAACAAAUGCUCCGUUCAUAUUAAUCCAAAAUUAAUGAAUAGAUUUAUUUCUAAAGUAUCGGAAAAAAACCAUGCAGUUCGAUGUGACGAUAAUAUUCUAAAUAAUCAAAAUUUGUCCAAUACUUCAAUUGUGCCAAUAACCCAAAUUAAAGCAAAUUCAACUUCUGGCUUAAAUGAAAAAUCUUGUAUUCUUUCUAAUAUUAGAAAUGAUAGUUCGACGUGUAGUAAUUCUGUUUCCAAUGUAAAGUUAUCUACAAAUUAUACGAUUCAAUCGAAAACCAAACUUGUGAAUAAUUGUUACAAUUCUAGAAGAAGCUCGACUUCUAAUUUAGUAGCAUUGUCGCAAAGAAAACUUGUAAGAAUAAAAAAAAAUCCAAAAUUAAUUUCAUCACCCGCGAGUACAUCAAAAUCAUCGAUUCAUUCAAGAAGUAAACAGCCUUGCUCUGGAUUUAAAAAGCUCAAAACUAAUCAAAGGAAUUUUGUUAAUUCUAUAAGCCAAUUGUCAAAAAUAAAUAAUACAAAACUUCUUAAGAAUUUUGAUAGGUAUAAAGCAAAUUGGUAUAAUAAGAUUGAUAAAAAUGUAUCAAAAUCAUGUCGAAGAAAAAUAAGUGCGACAAAAAAAAAUACAAAUAAUUUUCUUGGCUUGGUUUCUAUUGGAGGUAUUAUGUACAAAACAAGUAGAAAUCAGUUAGUUCGCAGCAAUUCCAGUGUUUCAUCACUAAAAAGAAGACGUAAUUUAUUGUCAAAUAAACAUAGUCAAUAUUACGUUACCAAAAAUGGCAAACAGCUUUUAAAAAUAGAUUUACCUAGAAAGAAGAUUAAUAAUUCUUCAAUUAAAUUGAAUACGUCUACUUCAUCUGUCAUAAAAAAUUAUAAGACUAACGCUAGCAAUAAAGUUAAGCAGAGAAGUUUACAAAUAUUACGUAAUAAAAUGCGUAAAAAUAAUCAACCAUGUUUAUUGUAUCAAAGGUUUGGCUAUUGCGCUAAUCAAUUGGCAGGAACUUGUCCUAAAGUACACGAUAAGAAACAAGUUGCACUUUGUAAAAAUUUUCUUCAAGGCAAGUGCUUAUUGGAUAAUUGCCAAUUGUCACAUAACGUUGGUCCAGAAAAGAUGCCAACUUGCAAAUACUUCCUUGAUGGUUGCUGUACUCGUGAUGGAUGCCCAUACUUGCAUGUAAAGGUUUCAUCAAAGAAUCCAAUUUGUGUUGAAUUUUUAAGAGGCUAUUGUCCACAGGGUAACGAGUGUCAAAAACGCCAUAUACACGCGUGCCCAGAAUUCGAUAAAAGCGGCAAAUGCAGCAAAGGUAAGUUUUGUCAAUAUCCUCACAAAUCACACUUGACAGAGACAAAAAGAUUUAAGAUAACUACGCGACGCAAAAAUAAUGAGACCAGCGCCAAACAGUUGGAAAGAACAUCAUCAGAACCUGAAACUACAGAAUGUAGAAAGCGUUACUAUGACGAUACGAGCGAAGAAUUGAAGCUGAAACGGGAAAAAUUAUUAAAACGUGUAAAAAUAAUUAAAGAUUUGUACACAGUACCCGUAAAUUCUAUUGAAAAGGAUAUUUCUACGGAACAAAGUACAGUUGAAAUCGAUGAAGGUUAUACAAAUUGUGAACAAAUUUCGGAAGUGGUGCCUAAUAGAACAAGACCACCUAUUGGUCCUCUUCCGUCGUAUAUUCCAAUAGACUAAAUUAUUUUAGAUUUAUAUCUUUUAUACAUAAAUACACAAUGACAAUUUAU